AGAGGAACAGCACAGACCAUUCUGAACCGGAAUUUUGCGGUAAAUGCCGAGAUUUUAAGCUCCACCCUAUUCCUGUUCAGAGCCCCAUUUCAGAAUGCCAUUUGGUACCCUAAAAUCGUAGAGCUCUGCACUUGGCACUACAUUUCGUAUUUAUAG